AACCAAAUAAAAAGCUCACAUUCUCGGAAUACACAAAACAAAUCUUCUUUUUAAUAACUCUCAAUGCUUUUGUAGGGUUUCAGAUGUUUUCCUUCUAAAACUUCUUUUGCCGCCGAUUACUGACAAAUCUCUGUUUUUCUCACUAAUUUUUGUGGGUUUUGUGGUACUGACGUUGAGGUUUAGCAAGAUCUGUUUUUUAAAAACUUUAUUUUUUGAAUUUUUUGACCGUUGAGUUCGCCGGAGAUGUCGGAAGUGGUGGUGGUGAAAGGUGGGGAGUUGUUGUUUUGUGGAAGUACUUGUUGGGAUUCUGUUGGUCGCCGGAAAGGUUUGACGGAGGGGAAUUUGGUGUCGCCGACGAGGCUUCGUCCGCUUGUUGGUGUCGACAUUUGUUUUGUUGCUGCUGGUUGCGCGUCUUGUCACUGUGUAGCGCUAGAUACUGAAGGUCGUUGUUAUACAUGGGGAAGGAAUGAGAAAGGGCAGCUUGGUCAUGGAGAUAAAAUAACACGUGAUAGACCAACGGUUGUUUCAGAACUAUCUAAGUAUAAAAUUAUUAGAGCUGCAGCUGGAAAGAACCACACAGUGGUAGUUACAGAUGACGGACAGUCCUUUGCUUUUGGUUGGAAUAAACAUGGGCAGCUCGGUAUAGGCUCUGUAAAAAAUGAAACUGAAUUAUCUCCAGUCCGGUGUGCCGUCACUGAAGUCAACUCUGUAGCUUGUGGGGCUGACUUUACUGUGUGGCUAACCUCAGUUGAAGGAGCUUCUAUAUUAACUGCUGGUUUGCCUCAGUAUGGUCAGCUUGGUCAUGCUACUGACAACGAGUAUAAUACCAAAGAUAGCUCUGUAAGGCUAGCUUAUGAAGCUCAACCCAGACCUAGACCUAUAGCUGCCUUUUCUGGAGAGACUAUAGUCAAAGUCGCUUGUGGAAUAAACCACACAGUUGCAGUGGAUAAGAAUGGAUAUGUUUACACGUGGGGAUUUGGCGGUUACGGGAGGCUUGGACAUCGAGAACAGAAGGACGAGUUUGCUCCUCGACGAGUUGAUGUUUUUACACGGCAGAAUGUCUUGCCUCCAGAUGCAAUAGUUUCAGCAGGUUCUGCCAGCUCAUCCUGUACUGCCGGAGGAGGGCAGCUUUACAUGUGGGGAAAAAUUAAGAGCACAGGAGAUGAUUCGAUGUAUCCCAAACCUCUUCUGGAUUUGAGUGGGUGGAACCUCCGAUGUAUGGAUUCUGGCUAUAUGCACCACUUUGUUGGUGCUGAUUCCUCUUGCAUAAGUUGGGGCCUUGCACAGUGUGGGGAGCUGGGUUAUGGACCACAUGGACAGAAAUCUUCUGCAGUUCCUAAGAAGGUAGACAUUUUAGAUGGCAUGCAUGUUAUCAGUGUUGCUUGUGGAUUUGCCCAUUCCAUGGUUGUUAUUGAUAGGACAAAUGUUGAGGAUCGACUUGAGCAGCUUGAUGUAUAUGAUGGCAAGGCUUCUGAGGAAGUGGGGGCAGAACCUGUGAGUGAAUCUCCAGCUUCUAAAAAGACUACCAAAAAGGCAUCUGCUAAGGCGCCUGCAAAGUCAAAUAAACGGAAGAAGUCAAAAGAUGCGUCUGAAUCUGAAGAUGAGGAAGAGGAAAAUAGUGAUGAUGAAAGUGAUGACUAUGAGGAACAAUCGAAUGGGCGGGCCAAGUCUUCCGGCAGGGGUCGAGGAAAGGCUGCUGGCAAAGCUACAGCUGCUAAAAAGGGUGCUGGUCGUGGAAGGGGUCGGUCUCCAGCAGCAAACAAAAGCUCCCCACCUGAAGCGAAAGUAUCGACAGGUAAAAGGGGAAGGCCGAGGAAAUCGUAAGAGUGUACAGCUUUCCUGGUCAAAAUGUAAGGCACUCUCUAUAUUGUGGAAUGUAUCUUUAUUCUCCAUUGGCUAAUUAGUUGCACUUUAACAAGUUAUUAAUUUUCGUCAUUAACUCCAUUCAACAUUCUGAAAUUUAGCAAGUGUAAUCCAUUUGCGUAACUUGUAACGCGUAUUAACAUAGAUCAUUGACUGAAAAGACAGGUGUUUAUCCGAGCUUGUGCCUAGUUAAGCUCGUUUUUUGGAUAGGAGCGGAAACAGGGGAAAAGAAAGGAAAAACCUAUUCUGCCCAGUGUACUCUGAUGUCUAUUUUUGUUACUAAUUUGUGGUGCAACUGAAACACAUUUGUUCUGAAAAUCUAUGCUGAUUAGUAAUAUUGCUGUGUAAAUGAAGUAUUUAUCAGAAUGUUUUGUUGUAGUUGA